CACCCCUUAAAUCCGCCAAAUCAGUGCUUAUUCUCGAAGUCUCAUUAUACUAUCCCAGUGUCUCUAGAGGAAAGAGCAUCAGAAUUUCAGCUCUCCUUCGACUGGAGAAACACACAGAUUGCUGAUAAUGGAAAAAGAACCAGACCCCCCUCCAUAUCCUGGACCGCCAUUGGUCCAGACCAACAUUCCCUACCAGAUGCCGCAGAGUAUCAUUGUUUAUCAACCGGUGAACACACAAGAGCUGGCCAUGUCCACCAUCACUCCGACUGCGCCUGCCGCGGCAGCAGUAGUUAGUCAACCACAUCUGACUGAUGCCUCAUUGGUCCAGACCAACAUCCCCAACAAGACGCCGCAGGAUGUCAGUGUUUCUCAACCGGUCGAUCGCGGCCCAAAAAAGAAAAAGAAAAAAGCAGCAGUAGUUAGUCAACCAGUAGUUGACAGUAGUAACCUGACUGAUGCCUCAUUGGUCCAGACCAACAUCCCCAACCAGACGCCGCAGGAUGUCAGUGUUUCUCAACCAGUGCGUCGCAACCCAAAAAAGAAACAACAAAAAAAAGCUCCAGUGGACACACAAGAGCUGGCCAUGUCCACCAUCACUCCGACUGCCCCUGCCCCGGCAGCAGUAGUUAGUCAACCACAUCUGACUGAUGCCUCAUUGGUCCAGACCAACAUCCCCAACAAGACGCCGCAGGAUGUCAGUGUUUCUCAACCGGUCGAUCACGGCCCAAAAAAGAAAAAGAAAAAAGCAGCAGCAGUUAGUCAACCACAUCUGACUGAUGCCUCAUUGGUCCAGACCAACAUCCCCAACAAGACGCCGCAGGAUGUCAGUGUUUCUCAACCAGUCGAUCACGGCCCAAAAAAGAAACAAAAAAAAGCUCCAGUGAACACACAAGCGCCGGUCAUGUGCGCCAUCACUGUCCAGCCUACUGUCCAGCCUACUGCAUCUGCCCCAGAAGAAGUAGUUAUUCGGCCACGUCUGACUGAUCUCCCUGGGCAGAUGAAAUGUCCUCACUGCCACAAGCAGGUUGUCACGGAGAUAACAUUUGUCCAGGGUACGAUGGUGUGGGUCGUCUGUGGAAGUCUUGGCGUUUUAGGGAUCUGGCCGUGUUGUUUGAUUCCAUUCUUCUCGAAUUCCUGCAAGGAUGUAGAGCACACCUGCCCAAGCUGCGGAACCCUCCUCCAUGUGCACAAACGCUUAUAGCUUGUUCUGAAGCAGAGAUAAUCUGAGAGACCGAAAGAAACGUUUGGAGUGUCUGAAAUGGCAGCAGCAUCUGGACAUUACUGCACUUCCUAAUUCAAAGAGAACUAACACCAUGAAUUGAAAAGAAUGUUAUGGUUUUCUCUUUCAAAUAUGCAAAUAUAUAUCCUGAUACAAAAUAUGAUUUAUCUCUUAUUGUAAAAUGUAUAAUGAACUCUGCAGGAUGUACUGAUCAUACAAUGUAAUGAGCAAAAUAUUAAUUUAACUUCUUGCUGCCAUUUUUUCACAACACAAAUUUCCAUUUUUAUUUUAAUAAAUUGUUCUCAACCUAAAGGUCUGCAAAAAUAUCACACAAAAUACUAAGAUUUUAUUUGUAUUUUUUUUAAAUCUGAUAUUGCAUGGUAUUUCACACUGUUAGACCUUACCAGGCUUUUUUACUCUAAUAAUAAUUUGCUGUUUAUUGUACAGUAUGUUACUGUAAAGAUACCACAAACUAAAUUAAAACAUUUUUCCUCUUU